AUGAACAGUAAUAGUGAUAGAGUAGCAUCAGUGAUUGAAAUUGUGGAUGAUGGUUCAACAAGUAUCGAUGAUGACAUGAGAGAAGUUGAUUAUAAGCAACAAUCUCGAACGCAUAUAUCACGUUCAAGUGCUGGUAGUACAAGUAGUACUGGUACAACAACAAAUACAGGAACAAAACGUCAAAAAGAUAUAUCACCCUGUUAUGUAUGUGGAGCAAAAGCAAAUGGUUAUAAUUUUGACCAAAUCACUUGUGAAUCAUGUAAAGCAUUCUUUCGUCGAAAUGCAUUAAAAUCAAUGGACAAAUUUCGUUGUCGUAAUAAUGAUAAUUGUGUUGUAACAUCAGUAACACGUAAGCGUUGUAAACGAUGUCGUUUAACUAAAUGUUUUAAAGUUGGUAUGCGAAAGGAAUGGAUAUUAACAGAUGAAGAAAAAACUAUAAAACGUCAAAAAAUUGUACGUAAUCGUCUGAUUAAACAACAAGCACAAAUGAACCUUCAACAGCAAACAAAUGGUUUAGCUCAUUCAAAUGUUCAAAUAAAUAUAACAACAUCUGAAAAACCAUUAUCUAAAGUCGAGCAACCUCUUAUCAGUCCAUCGCCAUUAGUAUAUAUGAAACAUUCACCUGAUCAACAAAUGUAUGAACGUCAACAAUACUUACUCGAACAAUUAUCCAAUGGAUAUCAAUUAAUAACUAAACAGUAUUCUCAACCAAAUAAAUUUGCUUAUCGUAAUAAAAUUAUAUAUCAAACAGAUAAUUUCGAUUUAAAAUUAUCAUUAGUUAAAGAUUUAACACGAGAAUUAACACAAAUGACAACAUUACGUUUAUUGCAUUAUUUUAAUUUAAUACCUGAAUUUCAAUCGUUAACAUCACAAGAAAAAAGAUCUAUUCUUACACAAAAUAUGUUAACAGUUUUUAUGUUUCAUGGAGCAUUAACAUAUAAUGCUGUUGAUGAUACAUUUGUUGAUCGUACAACAGAUGAUCAACCUUAUGAUGCAAAAUAUUUAUUAUAUGUUUAUGGAGCAAAAGUUUAUACUAAUUUUAUUGUAUUAUCUAAAGGCUUAACGUCGGUUGCAUAUCAAUACAUAGUUGACAAACAAUCAGAAGAAAAUGCACAUACUUUAUUUUUAUUGCUUAUGGUAAUUCUUUUAUUUUCAAAUGAUUUUCAAGUUAAUGCAAUUGACAAUAAUCAAUCGAAACUACAUCAAAUUCAACAGAGUUAUAUUGAUAUAGUAUGCCGAUUUUUACAUGAUCGAUUUAGUUUGACUAGUGGUCGUCGAAUGUUUCAAAAACUUGUUCCGUUACUUGUUGAUCUUCAAAAAUUAUGUUCAACAUUAGCCAAUGUUAAUUUAUGUGAAAUGGCUGAAGAUGAUGAUCGAUCAGUAUCGUCACAAACAUCAACAACGACAACAACCACAACAAUAAUGCCCACUUAUAAUUCUGACCAACAAUCAGUUCAAUCCUCACCAAUAUCAUCUUCAUUAGAAUUUAAUUCGACCAUGAUCAGUGGUGCAUCUCAUUUGAAUGAAUUACAAAAAGAAAAUCGAGCACCAUCGCCACCAUUAUCAUUCAAUUCAACAUCAUUAUCACCAAAUGUUCGAUCAUCACCAUCAAUUCUUUCAAAUACCACACCAACGCUUCAUAAUUAUUCACUAUAA